AUGUAUCACCUAACCAAAGGCUCAGCAAUGUUCCUCAUCGUUAUCUUUUCUGCUCUUCUCUCAGCAGGUUUUGCCCUACAGUGUGAUGUAUGUUUGGCAAUAAAUUCAAACACCUGUACCGGCCACUACGAGACCUGCAAGUCUGACCAGAACCGCUGCAUGGUGACCCUCACGGAGAUGUUGGUGAUCGACGGUGAAAACACGUACAGAAGUGCUGAGCUGGAGAAGUCUUGUGCCAGUGCCUAUGACUGCACGCACCCGGCGACUUUAAACGCCAAGGACUUCAAAGUAAGAGUGACAAGAAAGUGCUGCGAUAAGGACUUCUGCAACAACGGCACUAUCACUUGGAACAUACCAGAAUCAGCAUCUAACGGGGUGACCUGUGACUCCUGUUUUUCAAGAGAUUCUCACUCUUGUGCCACGAAAAAACCAAUUAACUGCACUGGAGAUGAAAAGUACUGUGUCCAUUAUUUGGCACAGAAGGACGGAGGAUCCCCAAUCAGUGUGGCCGGUUGUGCUUCCGAGAGCAUGCAAAAGUCUGGAGGCAAAGCUGCUUUUCGAGGAUCGUCUGUUAUUGUCCGAAACAGCGGCACAUCGCGGAGACACAAUAUAUAUGUCCUGGUCUGGGUGGCUGCGACUGCCAUAUUGGGCCUAUUUUGCCACUGA